AUGCAAGGAACGUACGGAUGGCAGCCCGCUUGCACCGUCGCAGAGGAACAAUUGCAGAACUAUUUCGCGCGCAGAGCGCAUGAUCGCAUAUCCCUUCGCCGGGACAAUGGGGCUCGCCAACGAGCAAUGAGGUGGCAGCCGCGUAGGCAGCGCUCUUUCCUGUCUUCGUGGAGCUCCGCGGGUCCCCGCAGUUCUUCUGCGUGUAAGACCCACAAAGAGACUGAGGAUCAUGUGGCGGCGGCGGCCCGCACGGCCGGCUUCCUCAUGGCGAUCAGCGAGAGUGGCCUUGUGGUGCACAUCGAUGAAAUCAUCGGUGCCGAGUCCCUCUCCCAGCGGUACCGCUUCUUGAGCGUUGUCGCCGAUCGGAUGCCAGACUUGCGGUGCAUCGUGCACGAUGAUGCAUGUCACCUUGCACAGAUGGCGGCAUUACAAAAAGGGACUUCGGCCCUCAGCCAACGCCUGGCAAAUCUGCGUUUUGUCGUCGAUGAGUUCCACUCGACUGCUCAUGUGGGCCAGUGGUGCAAGGAGAACUGCCUUCCUGGACUCCCGCAGAAUCAGGCAGUGCUCGAUAACUUUCCCACGUCCAUGGCUGAGUCAGUGAACCACAAUUUUUCGCCAUUCGGGCACACCAUACACCAUAUGGGGCCAUAUUUGGCUAAAUUCUUCGCAGCAGAAAUGGCCGACAUUCACAACAUCAAGUUGCUGCAGAUUGCCCGCGAUAAGGCUCAGGUUGCAGAGAGGCGAGGAAAGCGGCGAAGAACAGAGCCGGGGGCCCAGGGCCUUCUUGCGUCUACAGAGGACGAACUCACUGAGCAGCAGGUGCGGUACCUGAUGACCCGGGCCCAGGCAGUGGUCGACCAGAACUUUUCUUUGGAUGACCACGUCCCGGACAAAAUCCGGGAAUUCAUCACGCCCAUCCAAGCCUCGACUUGUCAGGGCGCCUUUGCCUCCUUGUGCAUGGUUACCGCUUCCAUGGCCGCUCUAACAAAUGGCGCCAAAGUCCAGCUGUGGAGCCAGAAAGCAUCCCCUUUAGUGUGCAUCAUGCUGCAGGUUGCCCAGGCGCAGAAAGGCAAGAGCCGCCUCUGGGCGGUGGCAGAGGAGAUGCUCGACACAUGUGACGACAUCUUAGCUGAGCAUGCGGCGCAGCUGGCAGAGGGCCUCAACCAGGAGGCUGGGGCUGCGAGGCAGGAUGAGGAGCAUGAGCGCACGGAGGUCGUUGUAAAGAGCAUUUCUUUGCAGAGCUUCACGUUCACGGAGUUCUUUUUCCGCUGCUCUUCAGAGUUUCCGCAGUUGGAAUGGCAGCGAGGUGACAGGAAGAUGUCUGGCAGGCGCUACCCCUCACGCCUAUGGUUCGGGAACGGUUUCAACCUGGAUGAAGCGUAUGAGUUCCUCGAUGGGUUGGGCCUUCUCAGCAGCACCAAGGGAGAGGGAGGAAAGACCGCUUCACUCAAUGCAAGCACGCUCAACGCCUUGUUGCAAUCUGGACGGACCAAACGAGGCACUCGCACGAGCACCACCUACUGUGCCGCGCGUGCAAAGACAGUGUCCCUGUCCGUCCUUGGCAAUGCCCACCCAAGCAAAAUCAUCGCACUGGAUAGGCAGCUGCAGGGCAACCACACAGCCGCGUGCAAAGAACGCUUUUUGGUUUGCCUGGACAAUGCGGAGCCUCGGCAUGCGCCAUUUCCAGCUGCCAUCCCUGGCACACCUCGCGAAGCCUGGACCUGGCUGCCACUUACGGCUCAUCAAGCAGCCGUCUUUUCUUGGGAGUCUUUCUUGAAUGCGCCCGAGGACUCCUUCCCGCUAGAUGUUGGCGGGGCGCUACCAGGGCAUUUCGUGGGGCCAGAAGAAGGCUUCCCGGUUCGCUUGCCUGACGGCGUCGAAUCAAGGAUCAGGUAUAUCGCUCUGGAGUCACCCGCCCAAGGGCCGUUGCGGACAUGCACCGAGUUCCGUAUUUCAUCUCGGUGGGAUAUGACGGAUCCGACCCAGCAUCUCCAAGUUGCAGCUACUCGUGUCGUCCGCCAUUUCCUGGACAAACCACAUGCCGUCCUCCCUCUGACGGAAGAGGCUCGUCGUCUUCUGCUUGGCCGCUUGGCUUGUGUUGGUGCGUUUGUGAAACAGUUUUGA